AUGCAGCGAAACAAGAGACAGAGACUGAAUUCGCAAGGUAGAGAGGAGAGUCGCGCCAGGCCGACUGGCGAUACUGCCAACAGGCCACAAAUCACCCGCGCGUGCGCCGAAUGUAAGAAACACAAGAUCAAGUGCUUUGUUCAGCCCGGAGAGACGUCCUGUUUGAAGUGUCGGAAAGCCGGCAUCCAGUGCAUCCCUCACAACUUUGCCCAAAAGUUCAUGGAUGAAGAUGCAGCAUGGAAAGCUGAAGCUGCCAAAACCAUCGACCGUCUGAAGGAUGCCGUCGAACAAUUGUUACGGCACAAUAAUCUAGCGGGAUUCAGCAAAUAUGAUGGUGCAUUAUCCAUUGUUCAUCCCAUCCCCGACCGCGAGCAUGAGCAGCAUGGACAGAAACUCUCCCCAUUGACGACGGAAUAUUCAUCCUCGGCGGGUCAGCCUGGAGGAAACUUCGAAUCGGAAGGCCCAUCUGACGGUCUGCGAGGCCACCACGAUGACUCGGACCUUGUUCCGCUUCCAAUGAACAACCUCUACAAUCUCACGGAUCCAAACAACUCGCAGCUUAUACGAGUUAACCCAGCGGACGUCAAUGGCCCGGAUUUCAUCAGCCAGGGAGUGCUCCCAAUAUCUGAAGCGGAAUUCCUCUUUAACCACUACCGUGACAACAUCAACCCACUCUUGUGGGAUGGCAUUCUUUGCUCGCACAGGACCUUGGCUGCCGUGAGGCAAUCAUCAUCUUUAAUGGUGGCAGUAGUUCUUACUGUGGCAGCUUUGCAUAUUCCAAACCGGGAGCAAUCCCUACAUGCCACCUACGGCGCGUUUGUUUCGCUCAUGAGAGGUUCGUGCCUACUGCGAUGUCAGAAUCUAGAUGUCAUCCGAGCAUUAUGCAUUGGCGCAUUCUACCUUACGAGCCUUAGCUGGGCCAUCUGCAGUCGAGCGGUGCGGGUAGCCACCGAAAUGAACCUCCAUAAGUCGUCACUACAAUUCGCCAGGGGCUCCCUCGACUCUUAUGAGCGUGUCAGACUUUGGCACGUUCUGUAUGUGUGUGAUCAUCAGUUCGCCCUCGCUUACGGGCGCCCGCCUCUGAUGCAUGAGGAUGCUGCGAUCAGAAACGCCGACAAGAUUCUACACAGUGGCCUGUCCUCGAAAGGAGACCACGGGCUCGUCGCGCAAGUGAAGCUCUUUAGAAUACUGGCAAACUCUUACUUCAUGUACGGGUGCGACCCCGACCUCGAGCUGGACGGGCAGGAUUUCGGGAAACUUCAAGAGUUCAAUAUCUCGGUUGACCAGUGGCGGCUCGAGUAUCAACCCAAAGCUAUGGGAUUGGCCGAUCACAGUUUACUACCACCCAAGACGAACACACUGUAUUAUCAUCUCGCGCGCUUUCAGCUGAACUCGGUCUCACUUCGCGGGAUUUCUGGAAAGGAAGGGGCACCGGCUACUCCAAACCUUGACAUGAGCUGGGAUAGACAGGAGGCUUCCAACGUCGCGAUCAUGGCGGCCAUGAACACCGCUAGGCUCAUCGUGGAUGACUCAGAGCUACAAAAAGCCUUGAUCGGGCUCCCUAUCUUUACACAUGCAAUGAUCGCCGUUUGUGCUUCUUUCCUUCUCAAGAUGGCGGUCGUGUUUGGCGCAUCGAGUGCCAGCGGGGAUGCAAUCUUGUAUCUUCCCAGAGACCUCGCCCAAUACGGGUUAAACUUCCACACAAAGACUGCCUUGACGGAUGUAGAGCGACUAGUGCGAGUUCUGGGCCAAGUCGCGGACAAUGCAAGCCAGCGCCACGUGGCAAGGCAGGUCGUCACCGGCUUGUCUGAGCUACUGUCGAGAUUCUCGCCUGGCGACGAGGUCGACAGCUUUGUGUACACACUCCCUGGUUCCAAAGAUGUGGUACCGCUGCCGCCUGAUAAUUCGAAGCGGCCAUGGAACUCGGAAAAUGACAGAGUGGUGCAAGCGCAUGCGGGAGGGACUGAGCAGAUUAGUGUUCAUGUGCCUCAGAGCCAGCUUGUCGAGGGAAUACAGGCCGAUGCUGGGGGUCAAAGGCAAGAUCCAUUUGAUCUUACGGGUGACUUGGAUUGGCGAUUUGAUGAUGGUUUCUUAUGGGGAAUGGAUGGGAUGAGCUCAGAAGUUCCUUAUCUGUAG